AAAAGGCUUGACCGGCUAGAUUUAUAAUCUAAUUAACUGCCGCGAGAUGAAGGAUUUCGAAAAUCAAAAAUAUUUGCUAUUAUUUUUAAUUUUAAAUAAAGAUGGUAUUUAUUCCCUACAUCUUCAUUAUGAAUUGCUUAUCUUAAAAUUUUGUUAGUUUUCUUCAAACGGAAUUAUUUAAAAAGUAAUAACGGGAUAAUAAUGAAGGAUUGUUUGGAAGGAUGUUUAAUGCUGAGUUGUUGUAGGAGUAAUUACUUUGAUAACAGAAAAGAUAGUGUCGAAGAAGCCAAAGAAAGAUUGAAAAUAUUGAAAGGUAUUUUGAAAGUUCCUAUCCAAGAAGAUUCAUUACCUGAUUUGAUUUAUCUUCCGCUUACUUUUAUACCAGAUCUGAUAGUUAAAACUACACCUGAUAUAAUGUUGAAUACUCUGCCUUAUAGGUUUGAUUCUGAGGCUGUUAUGCUAAUAGUCGAUGUUUGUGGUUUUACAAAUAUUGCAGAAUCAUAUUGUCAAAAGGGUAUUUCUGGUGUUGAAGAACUAGCGAGUAUUUUGAAUGGUUUUAUGAGCACAUUGGCAGCUAUGUUGAUCUCUGCCGGAGGUGAUAUUUUGAACUUUGCUGGUGAUGCUUUCUUAGUUUAUUGGAAUGAAAUUGGUGAUAGAUUUGAGAGAAAUCUGAUUGUAGAAAGAGUUUAUAGUUGUGCUUUGUCAUUGCAAACUCAUGAGUCUUUAAAGGCAAAGAAUUUGGAAGACAUGUUACAAGUUAAAAUUGGAAUCGCUAAAGGCAAAAUAGUAACUUGGAUUCUUGGUUCUCCUAAGGAUUUUUUGUUGUUUGCAAUAGCUGGUGAUGUUUUACCUAAAGUUCAUGAAGCGGUUGAAUCCUGUUCAGCUGGAGAUAUUAUAGUCACUGAUGAAGUUUAUUACUGUUUAAAAGAGGCUGAAGCUCAUAGUUUUAAAACUGUUCAAGUAAAAAAAGGUUUUGUUAAGAUAAUAGACUGUACAGCUAUAGAAAACAUUCAAAUUGUACCAGAAAGAGAAGAAAUAUUUGAAAAGUGCUCGGAAGAGGACAUUGCACUUGCCAAAAAAUUUUUAAUACCUAGUGUUAGAGAUGUGAGAUUGACUUCAGAGCUUAAAUAUUUGUCUGAAUUAACACUAGUGAACAUCCUUUUUGUGAUGCUACUAGAUGUUGAUGUAAAAGAAGCUACAAAGCUAGGGAAGACGUGUGACAUUAUGUUAGACUGUGCUGCUAAACAAGGAGGUGUGCUCAACAAAGUAGUCCUAUUUGAUAAAGGGUGCACAUAUUUAAUUGUAUUUGGUCUUCCUGGUCUUAAACAUUCAAAUGAUGCUGCAAGGUGUCUAUUGUGUGCAAAAGAAAUAGCGAAUAAGCAUGAACGCCAUAAUAUAGCUGUAUCAAUCGGAAUUUCUACUGGAACUUGCUUUUGCGGUUUAGUUGGACACCCGCAACGUCAGGAAUACACUGUGAUUGGAAGCCGUGUCAAUAUGGCUUCUCGCCUUAUGACUGAAUAUUGGGAUGGUAUCAUCACCUUAGAUGCUGCUACGUACCACUUGAGUAGGGAUGAGUUGGGAGAGAAGAGUUUUCUUGAGAUACCUACUAAAAUACUCAAAGGUAUUGAGUUAGCUGGAACCAUUUAUACAUUCAAGCUUGGGCACAGAAAUAUUCCUGGGGACAAUAGUGAAAGAAUGGAUAGUGUGGCUGUGGAUAAAAUGACCCUUCGAAGUUUUGUUGUCUCUGAGAAUGAGGACAUUACAAUGAUAAAAAAAUGUGUGAAAGAAAUGUGCAACGAGAAGGAACGAGUUGUUCUUUUAGAAAAAACAUUAUUGCCUGUCAUAAUGAUAGAAGGACUGAGUGCUAAUUCUAUGUCAUAUUUGAUGUACAAAGCUAUUGAAAUAGCUUCAGAAAUGAACUAUAAAAUUUUCUCUUGUUGUACGAUACCUUUCUGUUCAAAGGAGGAGUUCUUAACUGCUGCUUCGCUUUUUCAAAAGAUAAUUGGACUGCGUCCUGAAGAUGAUAUUAGAGUAAAAGAGGAAAAACUAUUAAAUGUUCUCUCUGGAAAGUGCCAGAAUAAUCUCUACCUUUUGAAUAGUUUGUUUCAUGUUAAGUUCUCUCCUCCAAGGAUGUCUAAUACAAUUAGAAAAUACAGAAAUUCUGCUAUAUUAGAACUUUUUCAAGUUAUGUACAAACAGGUGUGUAAAAAGCAUUACACGAUGCUGGUUAUUAACGAAAUUGAUUACAUGGAUGAGGAGUCAUUUCAUUUGCUUCACAUGUUAGCUGAGACUGAAAAUGUUUUGAUUGUGAUGAGCAUGAGUAAAUAUUUUAAAGAACCCUCCGUAUCUGCCAGCCUGCUCUAUCUUAAAGCGCACACGCACAUCAACUUACCUGCAAAAAGUGAGAAAUAUUGUGCACCUCUUAUUUGCUGGUUUUUAAAUCUUAUUGGCGUUCAUAAAGCAAUUGUUUUACACCUUACUGAAGAAACUGAUGGUGAUUUAGAACUUUUGAAUGAAGCUUGCUUAUCCGAAUAUUUAUCUGACUAUACAGUUUUAGUUCCUUACAAAGACAUAAAUGAAAUUAACAAGGAGAAGUUUUUUAUCUCUGACUUCUCUAUUUCUGCAACCUACAAGGAUGAUGAAUUAUUUUUGUUGGAUCUCAAACCUGGAAUAACAGACUUAAAAUCUUUCAAAGUUCCUGAUACUGUGAGUGAUGCUGUUAAAUCCACUUUAAAUUAUUUGCCUGUACAAGAUCGAUUGAUAUUGAAGUGUGCAGCUUUAAUGGGAAGCAAUUUUACUCAACGUUUGAUUGAGACAGUAAUAACUAAAUUAUCUUCUGAACAGACAAUGGAUUAAGGCUUUCAUGACAGCGGAACAAUGUGAAGCAAUGCAUUUAGAGAUUGCUCGUACGUUGGAAACGUCGGGGCAAUUUUGCCAUUAUUGCAAGAUUAAAAUGUCCAAAAAAGUUCAAAUGGCAGAAAAAUAUGAUGAAAUGACACUUCAGCCUUCUCAGACAUCUUUCAAAGAAUGUGUUUGUUUACUUUUGAGACCAAGACUUUACAAAGUAAUCUCAUUUGUCUACUGUUCCAUGGGUAU